AUGGCACUUUCCAAAGGCCUCGGCAACAAGCCAACGAAGCAGCACGCGCGAGGGCGUGCAGCAGACGUUGAAGAGAGAGAGGAAGGACGUUUGGAGAGCAACGCCGAAGCUGGCGAUGCUGCUCCUGCGGUGGCUGAGGCCUCGCCCAGCCGCGUCCCGGCUACCACCAGCCUCGGUGAUGGUGGAGCCAUCAGGGAGGCGCUUGACGAUCUAGACUGUGAAGAGGAUGGAGAGGCAGAGGAUGCCGUUUCACCGAGCGCAACCGCGCCAUUUGACCCGGAUCUCAACGCUGACGACAUUGCCGACUACCACACCAAGGUGAAGGCCUGGAUCGUGAGCUACAUCCGAGCUACACCCACCCCAGAUCUGCCUGAGUGGUCCGAUGAGUACCAGGGGUGGGUGUUUGGGCCCACAGGAACUGUAGUGAUCUCAGGCAGCGGCCUCAAGGAGGUGACCCCUGUUGGAGCAGACCCAGAUGCGGCCGAGAAGAAGAGAGUUGAGCGAUUGUUGAGGUUUGCGAGAGUGAAGCAGGAGAGCAAGCCGCCUGGCCAGCAGCAGAAGAGCAAGGGGAAGGAGCCGGUGGAGUAUGAAGAGGAGGUGGAUGAGGCAUUGGAUAGUGAUGAUGAAUAUUAG